AUGGCGACCACCACCAUACUGCUGCUGCUCAUCGUGCUGCCUCCGCUGGUGGCGGCAGCGGCGGCGGCUCAGCGCGUGGCGCUGCCGGGGUGCCGCGACAGGUGCGGCAACAUCACCGUCCCCUACCCCUUCGGCAUCGGCGCCGGCUGCUUCCGCGACGACGGCCAGCAGGGCUUCCAGCUCGAGUGCGACGACGACGGCCCCGGCAGCUCCCCACGCCUCGCCGUGUUCGGUUACAACCACCGCCUGGGGGCCCUCUCGCUCGCGGCCGGCGAGGCCCGCGCCUACCUCAACGCGACGAGGGAGUGCUACAACUCCACCGGCGGGCUCCUUGACCGGAAAGGCACGUUCAUGUCCCUCGGAACUAGCCCUUACCUCUUCUCGUCCACCAAGAACCGCCUGGUGGCGCUCGGCUGCCCCAACCUCGGCUUCUUCGUCGACGCCGCCGGCUACUACGUCAGCGGCUGCAUGUCCGUGUGCCGGCCGUCGCGGUACGUCCUGCCGGGCCCCUGCACCGGCGUCGGGUGCUGCCAGAGCGCGAUACCGCCCGGGAUCAGCUUCUUCGAGCCGCACCAGCGCAACUUCCCGCCGCAGCAGGACGACAACUCCGCCUUCAUCAGCAACGCCACGUCGUGCCACUACGUCUUCCUCGUCGAGGCGGAGUGGUUCAGCUACAGCGACCGCGUCUUCCUCAACCGCACCGACGACUUCGACGUGCCCGUCGUGCUCGACUGGGCCGUCCGGAACGUCGACAACUGCAGCGCCGCCAGGCGCAACGCCACCGACUUCGCCUGCCGGAGCGCGCGCAGCGAGUGCUUCGACGCCGUCAACGGCCCCGGGUACCGGUGCAACUGCUCCAGCGGCUACGACGGCAACCCGUACCUCGACGGUGGAGCUGAAGACAUCGACGAGUGCAAACUGAAAGAUGAAUACCCCUGCUACGGGAUCUGCACAAACACGCAGGGGAGCUACACUUGCCAAUGCCCUUCCGGGACAAGUGGAGAUGCCACCGCAAAAAAUGGCUGCCGGCCAAAGGACAAGUUCACCUUAGCUCUGAAGGUCGUUACAGGAGUCAGUGUGGGGGUGUUCUUGUUAGUGUUCAUGUGCUUCUGGCUCUACUUAGGGCUGCAGAAGAGAAAGCUCAUCAAGGCAAAGCAGAGCUUCUUCGAGCACAACGAAGGCGUCAUCCUACAGCAGCAGAUGCGUGGCACUGCCGGGGGAGGCGGUAGCGGGUUCAAAAUAUUCUCAGAAGAGGAGCUCAAGAAGGCGACAAACAACUUUGCCGCUGACCAGAUCCUCGGUCGCGGCGGCCACGGCAUUGUCUACAGAGGUGUUCUGGAGGACAAGACCAUAGUGGUCAUCAAGAAGUCCAAGAUGAUGGAGGCGACAGAGACCAAGGAGUUCGCGAGGGAGAUGCUCAUCCUGUCCCAAAUCAACCACCGGAACGUCGUCAAGCUGCACGGCUGCUGCCUCGAGGUGGAGGUGCCGAUGCUGGUCUACGAGUACGUCUCCAACGGCACUCUCUACCAUUACAUCCAUGGCCGCGAGGGCCACGACACCAACAAGGCACUCGACACCCGCCUACGAAUAGCGGCGGAGUCGGCCAAGGCGCUGUCGUACAUGCACUCAUCAGCCUCGCCACCAAUCCUCCACGGCGAUGUCAAGACAGCCAACAUCCUGCUCGAUGGUAGCCUCACGGCCAAAGUCUCCGACUUCGGGGCAUCGAAGCUAGCACCAAGUGACGAGGUUGAGAUUGCGACACUGGUACAAGGCACCUGCAGGUACUUGGACCCGGAGUACCUCAUGACAUGCCAGCUGACGGACAAGAGUGAUGUGUACAGCUUUGGCGUCGUUCUUCUCGAGCUCUUGACAGGGAAGAAGGUGCUCUGCUUCGACGGGCCAGAGGAGGACAGGAGCCUUGUGUCCCGAUUCACUACGGCCGUGAAAGCCGGCCAGCACGGCGAGCUCCUUGACGGUCGGGUGAGAGUAGAGAUGGGCCCCGAGACGUUGGAAGAAGUUAGGCACCUCGUGAUGCGGUGUGUGAGCAUGAUCAGGGAGGAGCGUUCGUCGAUGAAGGAAGUUGCAGAGAAGUUGGAAGCUCUGAGAAGGUAUCAGCGGAACCCAUGGGGUCAGGCGGGUGCUGACCCGGAGGAGGGGCAAAGCUUGCUUGGCAGAGACAUAGAGCAACAACGUGAUGUGAAUUAUAUAUUCAAACCGCAAGACGGGCUCAAUCUUGAAGAGGGCAGUACAUACACUUUUAGCUUGUAGUUUUUUUUUCU